AUGAGUUACCUUGUUCUCAGAGUGACAAACCUUGUCCUCAGACUGAGCAACCUUGUCCUCCGUGUGAGGUACGUACCUUGUCCUCAGAGUCAGAAACCUUGUCCUCAGAGUGAGGAACCUUGUCCUCCGUGUGAGGAACCUUCUCCUCAAAGAGAAGAACCUCGUCCUCAGAGAGAAGAACCUCGUCCUCAGAUUGAAGAACCUUGUCCUCAGAGAGAAGAACCUUGCCCCCCGGGUGAAGAACCUUGUCCUCAGAAUAAAGAACCUUGUCCUCAAAGUGAGAAACCAUGUCAUCAGAGUGAGGAAUCUUGUCCUCAGAGUGAAGAACCUUGUCCUCAGGGUGAAGAACCUUGCCCUCAGUGGGAGGAACCAUGUCCUCAGGGUGAAGAACCUUGUCCUCCGUGUGAGGAACCUUGUCCUCAGAGUGAAGAACCUUGUCCUCAGUGUGAGGAAUAUUGUUCUCACAGUGAAGAACGUUCACCUCAGAGUGAGAAACCUAGUCCACAGAAAGAGGAACAUUCUCCUCAAAGUGAGCAACCUUGUCCUGAGUGCGAGGAACCUUGUUCUCAAAGAGAAAAACCUCGUCCUCAGAGAGAAGAACCUCGUCCUCAGAUUAAAGAACCUUGUCCUCAGAGAGAAGAAUCUUGUCCCCAGGGUGAAGAACCUUGCCCUCAGAAUGAAGAACCUUGUCCUCAAAGUGAGAAACCAUGUCUUGAGAGUGAGGAAUUUUGUCCUCAGAGUGAGGAACCUUGUCCUCAGGGUGAAGAACCUUGUCCUCAGUGGGAGGAACCUUGUCCUCAGAGUGAGAAACCCUGUCCUCAGAGUGAAAAAUCUUCCCCACAGGGUGAGGAACCUUGUCCUCAGAGUGAAGAACCUUGUCCUCAGAGUGAAAAACCAUGUCUUCAGAGUGAAGAACUUUGUCCUCAGAGCGAAGAACCUUGUCCUCAGAGUGAAGAAACUUGUCCUCAGUGUAAAGAACCUUCUUUUCAGAAUGAAGAACCUUGUCCUCAAAAUGAGUUACCUUGUUCUCAGAGUGACAAACCUUGUCCUCAGACUGAGCAACCUUGUCCUCCGUGUGAG